UGCGUUUUCAACUUUGAUAUUCAUUCGUUCGUCUUAAAAUCUUGUUUCUGAAAGCUUAUAUCAUUUUCAAGUCUCUCUCGACUAAGAAGUUUGUUAUCUUUAAAAAGUCAACAUAUACGUUUCGAGAAAGGCCUGUGAUUUCCUAGAGAGUUUUUUUUUUUUGUCAAAGUAGGAUUGUUGACAAAAACUUUUGUAAAAUCUUCAUUAGGUAAAGGCUUUGAAGCUAUCUCUUAAGAGAUUAAAAGAUUGUUAACUAAACAUGUUUAAGAGAAGAAACGCUCACCAACUUGAUGAUGGUUCUCAGCAUGAUAACAAGGUUAAAGAAUUGAGAUCUGCGUUAGGACCGCUCUCUGGACAUAGUCUAGUGUUCUGCUCUGAUGCUUCCUUGAGGAGAUAUUUGGCUGCUCGUAAUUGGAAUGUGGAGAAAGCCAAGAAAAUGCUUGAGGAGACUCUUAAGUGGAGAUCAACAUACAAACCUCAAGAGAUCCGUUGGAAUCAAGUAGCACAUGAAGGUGAGACCGGUAAAGUUUCAAGAGCUAGUUUUCAUGAUAGACAAGGUAGAGUAGUGCUUAUAAUGAGACCAGCAUUACAGAACUCAACAUCAGCAGAAGGUAAUAUCAAGCAUUUGGUCUAUCUUCUAGAAAAUGCAAUCCUCAAUCUUCCCAAGGGACAAGAACAAAUGUCUUGGCUCAUCGAUUUCACUGGAUGGUCUAUGGCUGCUAAUGUCCCUAUGAAAACAACACGUGAGAUUGUCUACAUUCUACAGAAUCAUUACCCUGAAAGACUCGGUAUCGCCUUUUUAUACAAUCCACCAAGACUUUUCCAAGCAGUCUACAAGGCUGUUAAGUACUUCUUGGACCCAUGUACAGCUCAAAAGGUCAAAUUUGUGUACCCUAAAGACAAAACAAGUGACGAACUGAUGACAUCACACUUUGAUGUUGAGAAUCUUCCCAAGGAGUUUGGAGGAGAAGCAACACUAGAGUAUGAUCAUGAGGAGUUCUCAAAACAAAUGUGUGAAGAUGAUGUCAAAACAGAAAAGUUCUGGGGAUUGGAGGAGAAGCAGUAUCCGAAACCAAAUGGUUUUUCUCCAGCCGAUGUUGUUCCUGAACCAGCCACUUCUCUUGCAUCAGCAGCUAGCUGAGACUUAUAUAUAUAUAUACACACACACAAACAAGAGGAAAAGAGUAGUUAAAGGUGUACUCUCGUGGAAGAAGAGCCAAUAAAAAUGUCGUUUUUACUUAGAAAAUUAAUAAGGUUCCAAGUCUGCUUAGUGAACCAAAGACCUUUUAAAUGUUAUAAUUAGCAGAGACGUUCCUUGUCAUGAAUGUUGUAUGUGUGAGAAUAUAGUUAAGGUGUGUAAUUGUUUUGUGUUUAGUAAUUGAAGUUAUCCAUUUAUUUUUGAUGAUUUUUUUUCAAGUUUAAGUCUUGCGUUCU